AUGGUGAAAGACUGGCAGCUGGAACUCCCCAAGCUCUUAAUAUCUGUGCACGGAGGCCUCCAGAACUUUGAGAUGCAGCCCAAGCUGAAGCAGGUCUUUGGGAAAGGCCUGAUCAAGGCUGCCAUGACCACUGGGGCCUGGAUCUUCACUGGCGGGGUCAGCACAGGUGUCAUCAGCCACGUGGGGGAUGCCUUGAAAGACCACUCCUCCAAGUCCAGAGGCCGGGUUUGCGCUAUAGGGAUUGCUCCGUGGGGCAUCGUGGAGAAUAAGGAAGACCUGAUUGGAAAAGAUGUAACAAGGGUGUACCAGACCAUGUCCAACCCUCUGAGUAAGCUCUCUGUGCUCAACAAUUCCCACACUCACUUCAUCCUGGCCGACAACGGCACCCUGGGCAAGUACGGCGCGGAGGUGAGGCUGCGGAGGCUGCUGGAGAAGCACAUCUCCCUGCAGAAGAUCAACACGAGACUGGGGCAGGGUGUGCCCCUCGUGGGCCUGGUGGUGGAAGGGGGCCCUAAUGUGGUUUCCAUCGUCUUGGAAUACCUUCGAGAAGACCCUCCGGUCCCCGUGGUGAUCUGUGAUGGCAGCGGACGAGCCUCGGACAUCCUGUCCUUUGCACACAAGUACUGUGAAGAAGGCGGGAUAAUAAAUGAGUCCCUCAGGGAUCAGCUUCUAGUCACCAUUCAGAAAACAUUUAAUUACAACAAGUCACAGUCACAUCAGCUGUUUGCAAUUAUAAUGGAGUGCAUGAAGAAGAAAGAACUCGUCACUGUAUUUAGAAUGGGUUCUGAGGGUCAGCAGGACAUCGAGAUGGCAAUUUUAACUGCCCUGCUGAAAGGAACAAAUGUAUCGGCUCCAGAUCAGCUGAGCUUGGCACUGGCUUGGAACCGCGUUGACAUAGCACGAAGCCAAAUCUUUGUCUUUGGGCCCCACUGGCCGCCCCUGGGAAGCCUGGCCCCCCCAACAGAUACCAAAGCCACAGAGAAGGAGAAGAAGCCACCCACAGCCACCACCAAGGGGGGGAGAGGAAAAGGAAAAGGCAAGAAGAAAGGGAAAGUAAAAGAAGAAGUGGAGGAAGAAACUGACCCCCGGAAGAUAGAGCUGCUGAACUGGGUGAAUGCUUUGGAGCAAGCAAUGCUGGAUGCUUUAGUCUUGGAUCGCGUGGACUUUGUGAAGCUCCUGAUAGAAAAUGGAGUGAACAUGCAGCACUUUCUGACCAUCCCGAGGCUGGAGGAGCUUUAUAACACAAGACUUGGUCCACCAAACACACUUCAUCUGCUGGUGAGGGACGUAAAGAAGAGCAACCUCCCGCCUGAUUACCACAUCAGCCUCAUAGACAUAGGGCUCGUGCUGGAGUACCUCAUGGGAGGCGCCUACCGCUGCAACUACACUCGGAAAAGUUUUCGGACCCUUUACAACAACUUGUUUGGACCAAAGAGGCCUAAAGCUCUUAAACUGCUGGGAAUGGAAGAUGAUGAGCCUCCGGCCAAAGGGAAGAAAAAGAAAAAGAAGAAAAAGGAGGAAGAGAUCGACAUCGAUGUGGACGAUCCCGCCGUGAGCCGAUUCCAGUACCCGUUCCAUGAGCUGAUGGUGUGGGCCGUGCUCAUGAAGCGCCAGAAGAUGGCGGUCUUCCUGUGGCAGCGCGGCGAGGAGAGCAUGGCCAAGGCCCUGGUGGCCUGCAAGCUCUACAAGGCCAUGGCCCACGAGUCCUCCGAGAGCGAGCUGGUGGAUGACAUCUCCCAGGACUUGGACAACAAUUCCAAAGACUUUGGCCAGCUUGCUUUGGAGUUGUUGGACCAGUCCUAUAAGCACGACGAACAGAUCGCCAUGAAACUUCUGACCUACGAGCUGAAAAACUGGAGCAACUCGACCUGCCUCAAACUGGCUGUGGCCGCCAAGCACCGGGACUUUAUCGCUCACACCUGCAGCCAGAUGCUGCUGACCGACAUGUGGAUGGGGAGGUUGCGAAUGAGGAAAAACCCUGGCCUGAAGGUGAUCAUGGGGAUUCUUCUCCCCCCUACCAUCUUGUUUCUGGAAUUUCGCACAUACGAUGACUUAUCAUAUCAAACAUCCAAGGAAAACGAAGACGGCAAAGAAAAAGAAGAGGAAAACAUGGAUGCAAACGCAGACGCUGGCUCCAGAAAGGGGGACGAGGAGAAUGAGCACAAAAAGCAGAGAAGCAUCCCCAUCGGAACAAGGAUCUGUGAAUUCUAUAACGCACCCAUCGUCAAGUUCUGGUUUUACACGAUAUCCUACUUGGGCUACCUCCUGCUGUUUAACUACGUCAUCCUGGUGCGGAUGGAUGGCUGGCCCUCCCUGCAGGAGUGGGUCGUCAUCUCCUACAUCGUGAGCCUCGCGCUAGAAAAAAUACGAGAGAUCCUCAUGUCAGAACCAGGAAAACUCAGCCAGAAAAUAAAAGUCUGGCUUCAGGAGUAUUGGAACAUCACAGAUCUCGUGGCCAUUUCCACGUUCAUGAUCGGAGCAAUCCUUCGCCUACAGAACCAGCCAUAUAUGGGCUAUGGCCGAGUGAUCUACUGUGUGGAUAUUAUCUUCUGGUACAUCCGUGUCCUGGACAUCUUUGGUGUAAACAAGUAUCUGGGGCCCUAUGUGAUGAUGAUUGGAAAGAUGAUGAUCGACAUGCUGUAUUUUGUGGUCAUCAUGCUGGUCGUGCUCAUGAGUUUUGGAGUAGCCCGUCAAGCCAUUUUGCACCCAGAGGAGAAGCCUUCCUGGAAACUGGCCCGAAACAUCUUCUACAUGCCCUACUGGAUGAUCUACGGAGAGGUGUUUGCAGACCAGAUAGACCUCUAUGCCAUGGAAAUUAAUCCUCCAUGUGGUGAAAACCUGUAUGACGAGGAGGGCAAGCGGCUCCCUCCCUGUAUCCCGGGCGCCUGGCUCACGCCCGCCCUCAUGGCCUGCUACCUACUGGUCGCCAACAUCCUCCUGGUGAACCUGCUGAUUGCUGUGUUCAACAAUACCUUCUUUGAAGUCAAGUCAAUAUCCAACCAGGUGUGGAAGUUCCAGCGCUAUCAGCUGAUUAUGACAUUCCACGACAGGCCAGUCCUGCCCCCACCGAUGAUCAUUCUAAGCCACAUCUAUAUAAUCAUGAUGCGCCUCAGUGGUCGCUGUAGGAAAAAAAGAGAAGGAGACCAAGAGGAGCGGGAUCGUGGACUGAAGCUGUUCCUUAGCGACGAGGAGCUGAAGAGGCUGCACGAGUUCGAGGAGCAGUGCGUGCAGGAGCACUUCAGAGAGAAGGAGGACGAGCAGCAGUCGUCCAGCGACGAGCGCAUCCGCGUCACGAGCGAGAGAGUUGAAAAUAUGUCAAUGAGGCUCGAAGAAAUCAAUGAAAGAGAAAAUUUCAUGAAAACUUCCCUACAGACUGUUGACCUUCGACUUUCUCAAAUAGAAGAAUUAUCUAGCCGAAUGGUGAACGCUCUUGAAAACCUUGCAGGAAUCGACAGGUCUGACCUGAUACAGACACGGUCCCGAGCUUCUUCUGAAUGUGAUGCAACUUACCUUCUGAGGCAAAGCAGUAUCAACAGUUCUGAUGGCUACAGUUUGUAUCGAUAUCAUUUUAAUGGAGAAGAAUUAUUGUUUGAGGAUACAUCUCUCUCCAUGUCCCCAGGGACAGGAUUCAGGAAAAGAACCUGUUCCUUCCGUGUGAAGGAAGAGAAGGAUGUGAAAAUGCAUCUCGUUCCAGAACAUCAGAACAGCCUUCACCUUUCACCAGCAAUAACAGAUGGCAGUCACCUUGCAGUCGACGACUUAAAGAACACUUCAGAGCCAAAGUUAGGUCCCGAUAUCGGGAUUUCCCCUGAAGACGAUGAAAAACAGGCAGACUCUAAAAGAGAAGAAACUGUCUCCCCAAGUCUAAAUCAGAUGGAUGUGAUGCAUGGGCAGAACAAAUCAGACUUUCAAAACACUCAGCUAACAGUGGAAACAACAAACGUAGAAGGCACUAUUUCCUACCCACUGGAAGAAACCAAAAUUACUCGCUAUUACCCUGAUGAAACAUUCAAUGCCUGUAAAACAAUGAAGUCCAGAAGCUUUGUAUAUUCCGAGGGAAGAAAGCUGGUGAGGGAGGCUAACAACUGGAAUGCAGAGUACAGUUCCAUCAUGGACCAGCAAUGGACCACAGAGUGGAACUACCAAGUUCAAAAGAUCACACGCUCUCGCAGCACAGAUAUCCCUUACGUUGUGUCAGAAGCUGCAAUGCAAGCUGAGCACAAAGAGUUUACAGACAUGGAAGAUGAAAACCGGGUUCCUGCAACAGUCCCUCAAAUCCCUCGUUUGUCCCUAGCUUUUAUUGACAGAACUGGAAAGGAAAACUUGCUGUCUGUGAAAACAGAUCAAACUUUGGGGUUCCCAUCUCUAAGGUCAAAAAGUUUACACGGCCGUCCUAGGAGUGUCAAAUCCAUGCAGGGCAAAUUAGACAGACCAGGACAUGCCAGUAGUGCAAGCAACUUGGUGGUUGUAUCUGGAAUUACAACAGAAGAAAAAACGAUUAAGCAGGAGAAAACAUCCACAGAGACUGAAUGCUGACCUGUUUUGUUUCUUUGACUUUUUUUAAUGAUCAGAACUACAAAUGGGUGCCAGCUUGGCCACCUAAACAUCAUCAGUUUCUGAAAACGUUUUCCUUAAAAAAAAAUUGGAAAUUUAGACUUCAUUUAAAAUUUAAUACACUAACAGUAGUGUUUUGUUAGCACAUGUUUGUAGGCUUAGUUUUUUUAGUUGGAGUAGGAGCAAAUGAAAGUGACAAUACUCUAAUCAAGAUAAAUGGUUAAUCAGCAGGCAAGAUUAUACAAUCUCUUUAUUCCUGAGGGCCACCAAAUAGCCUAAGAAAUGCCUUUGGGCGUUUAAGUCACCAUUAAGUUGCUUAAGAAGUAAGCAACUACAUUAAGAAAGAGAAGUUAAAGAGAAAGCAAACAUGAAGAAAGGGAGGGGCAGGAGGAAGGAAAAUAAAAUUAUGAAAUGUGAGAAGUGGGAAGGAGCCAUAAACAUCUUAAGUUUUUUAUGAGGUCUUUCUUGUUUGUUUUAUGUUUUAAUGUUUUAUUUUAAAUUACACAACGGGAAAAAAGUACACAAUUAUAUCAAACAUCACACUUUAAAAUUUAGGAUGACCACAAGUUUUGUUAAUGCAUAAAAAUUAAGUAUCCAAUAUAUAUUUUCUUAUUGUCCUAUAGUCCUCCAUAGCAAACACAAACAAUUAUAUCUGUAUGUCAUGGUUUGUGCAAAGAUGUAACUAAAACCUAAAGGAUAUAUAUGUUCAAGAACCACAGAGACCACUCAUGGCUGAGAACAUAAGGCGUUUUGCUUCAACCUAAAGUUCAAACACUCAACCAUAGUACUAGGACCCCAUGCAGGAGGUCCAGAGGGGCCACUGUCUAGGAACCUUUAAGGCCACCCACCACCAACACUUUGACUAUACAAAAAGGAGUAGAGGGGGCAGAAAGGGGUCUCCUCUGGGCAAAGCAGAGGUUGGAGUUAAUAUAGAACUGUCUUAGUAAAUAAAUAAGAAUUAUAUUUCUAUCCCUGGUAAAAUAUAAUAAGCAGCCUUUUAUUCUUAAUAAAUUCUGACACAAAUUCUGACCCCAAAAUCUGACAUACUCAUAAAUGAGUUAUAAUAUUAUAAUUGGUAUAAAGUAAGCUAGUUUUGGACUUUGAGCAGUGGGAAUUAAGACUUAAACUAUCAAAGGACCUCAUUAUAAAGGGCUUUCUCCUUUAAGACUGUAUGACUGCUUAAAUUCUGAAUAUAUAUUAAUAUUGUUCAUCACCAUGGUGUUCCUAUAGUUUUUCAUAAUUUAGGUUUCAAAAUCUAAAAAUUAGACUGUUAAUGUUGUCAUAUAAUUGUUCCACAUCAAAAAUGGAUUUCUGCUAUAUAUGUAUAUAUAUGAAAUAAAGAUAAAUGAAAUCAUCCUACUGUCUCCUACAUAAAAAGACUUUUUAAAGAAAUUUUCCUGUCAUAAAAAAUACAGAAACCCACAUUAAACAAUUACAUGACUUAAAUAAUUAUUGUAAGAUGAAUAUCCUUAUAACCACCACUCUGAUUAAUAGAAUUUGCCAGUUAUCCUGGAAGUCUCUCUGUCCCCUGAAAAGUAAUUAUCUUUUUAUAGUAAUCACUUCCUUGCUAUUCCAGCUACUAUCACUGUAUUACAAAUGGCUUAAAACACCCAUUUGAUUAUCCUCAUGGAUUCUGUGGGUCAGAAGUUCAGACAGGCACAGCACUAACGUCCCUGAUUUGUAGUGUUUGCUGAUUUCCAUGGAGUAAAAACUCCUACCACAGCUAAUUUCAAACUAUCAAUGUGGCCUCACUGCAUGUGGAGGUGGGAAGACAUGCUAACAGUUGGCUCUUGCAAGCCAGUACAUGCUGGCUACGGCACAUCAGUCUCUGCUCCAUUGUGUAUGGGGCCCCAUAUGGAAAGACUCAGUGUCUUAAGGUGACUCAACAGCUGGAGGCUAGAACCAUCUAGAGACAUCUUUACUCACAUGUCUGAA